AUGUCAGUACCCGCCCCCCGGAAGCUAUGGGAGCAUCCAAACCCCGAAUCAACAACAAUGGGGAGGUUCCGGCAUGAGCUGGAGCGGUCCACUGGACGGCGAUUUAAUCGAAAUGACAAGGCAUUCCAUGAUAUGUACCUCUAUUCUAUUCAGAACCGCACAGCAUUCUGGGACUUUUGCUGGAAGUAUUUCCAAAUUAUUCACGAAGGAUCAUACACUCAGAUCGUAGAUGAGUCUGCACGUAUGGACAGUGUGCCAGAAUGGUUCAAUGGUAUAAAUUUGAACUUUGCCGAGAACAUGCUUUUCUACGGCCGUCCGGGGAAUACAACGGGCAAAGAGGACCACAAGAUUGCAAUCACUGAGGUGCGAGAGGGUGCUAACAAAGAGGCCAUCCACCUUACCUGGGGAGAAUUGCGAAAGAGGGCUGGAGCUUUGAUCCAAGCGAUGAAGGCUAAUGGAGUGGUUCGGGGUGAUCGUAUCGCGGUCUGCAGUGCCAACUCAAUCCACACAAUGCUGGUCUUCGUGGCUACAACCGCUCUUGGCGCGAUCUUUUCAUCUAGCUCUACGGAUAUGGGCACCAAGGGGGUUUUAGAUCGUCUGUUGCAGAUUAAGCCGCGCUGGCUUUUCAUGGAUGAUUUUGCUGUCUAUAAUGGGAAGACGAUUGACCUGCGGGCCAAAAUGAAGGAAAUCGUCCAGGGAAUGGAUUCGGUAUCUGAGUUCCAAGGAGUGAUUGCUCAACCACGAUUCGCCGAAAACCCAGCCGAGGUGGAAUCGAUCCCGAGAGCCUCGACGCUGGCAAGCUAUCUGGAGAAAGCAGCUGGAAAUGACCGUCUCGAGUUUGAGCGGGUUGCUUUCCGGGAUCCAUUCCUGAUCGUUUAUUCGUCUGGAACAACUGGCCAGCCCAAGUGCAUUGUCCACUCAGUCGGAGGAGUGCUGCUCAAUGCCAAUAAGGAAGGAAUCUUGCAUAUGGAGAGUACAUCAGAUAGUGUUGCGCUACAGUAUACGACAACUGGGUGGAUCAUGUAUCUAACCGCGAUGCAAACUUUGCUAUUCGGAGCUCGAGUGGUACUCUACGACGGUAGUCCUUUCAUCCCGAAUGUGACGGCAUUAGUGGACUUGGCAGCUCAAGAGAAGGUGACACAUCUGGGAAUCUCCCCACGGUGGCUACAGGAGUUUCAGCAAGCAAACCUCAAGCCCCGGGAAUUGUUCGAUCUAAGCUCUCUUCGCGUGGUAACCAGCACUGGCAUGGUCCUGCGAGAUGCGUUGUUUGAGUGGUUCUAUGACGAAGGAUUUCCAUCUCAUGUUCGUCUCAACAACAUCUCAGGCGGCACAGAUCUAGCCGGGUGUUUCGGCGUGGGGAAUCCUCUCCUGCCGGUUUACGUCGGGGGCUGUGCCGGGUUCAGCUUAGGAGUGCCAGUGGAAGUAUACGAUUCAACCAUCGAAGGCGACGGUGUCAAGGGUGUUCCUGUGACCGACGGAGAGCCAGGAGACUUGGUCUCUACUGCUGCCUUCCCCAACAUGCCGACACAAUUCUGGGGCGAUCACAGUGGCAAAAAGUAUUUCGAUGCGUACUUUGGAAGGUUCGACAACGUGUGGACCCACGGAGAUUUCAUCUCGAUACACCCUACUACGAAGCAAAUUAUGUUUAUGGGUCGCGCCGAUGGAGUUCUGAAUCCCUCAGGAGUUCGCUUUGGCUCUGCAGAAAUUUACCGAGUUAUCGAAGGCCUUUUCUCUCAGGAGAUUGCCGAUUCCAUCUGUGUCGGUCAGCGUCGACCAUCCGACAGUGAUGAGCGGGUUAUGCUCUUCUGCUUAAUGAAGAAAGAGGUCCCUUUCACAGAUGAUUUGGUGAAUCGGAUUAAACAGGCGAUUCGAACGGAACUCAGUGCCCGUCACGUGCCCCUGUACAUUUUCGCGACCCCCGAAAUCCCGACCACGGUGAAUUUCAAGAAGGUCGAACUUCCAGUGAAGCAAAUUGUAUCCGGCAAGCGGAUCAAGCCCUCGGGCACCCUUCUCAAUCCUGGUAGCUUGGAAUAUUAUUACCGAUUCGCCGAGGUAGAGAAGCUUAGUCGGGACAGCAAGCUGUAG